AUGGCGACUGCUAUGCCAAUUAACCCGAAACCAUUCCUCAAUGGACUCACCGGCAAACCGGUAAUCAUAAAGCUGAAGUGGGGCCAUGAGUACAAAGGGUUCCUGGUGUCUGUAGACGGUUACAUGAACAUGCAGCUAGCAAACACGGAAGAGUUUGUGGACGGUCAAAACACGGGACACCUUGGCGAGGUGCUGAUUCGGUGUAACAACGUGCUGUACAUACGGGGCAUAGACGAUGAAGACGAGGAAGGUGAAAUGCGAGACUAACAUA